GGAGAGCUGUCACUCCCUCUAUGCUGAUCCCUUCAGGCACCAGUCAUUGCAGCUCAGCCAUGGCCAAGGCAGCUCCACGCACCGUGCUUAUCACCGGCUGUUCCUCAGGCAUUGGGUUGCACAUGGCUGUGCAACUGGCACAGGAUCCAAGGAAGCGAUUUCACGUUAUUGCCACUAUGCGUGACCUGCGCAAGAAGGACAAGCUAGAGGCAGCCGCUGGGGACACACUCAACAAGACUCUCAGCAUCCAGCACCUUGAUGUCUGCAGUGAUGAGUUGGUCACUGAGUGCAUUAACAGCCUUCCGGAGAAACGGCUGGAUGUGCUGGUGAACAAUGCAGGUGUGGGGCUUGUAGGCCCUGUAGAGUCCAUCUCUAUCGAUGACAUGAAGCGCAUCUUUGAGACCAAUUUUUUUGGUGCCAUCCGCAUGAUCAAAGCCGUUCUCCCCGAAAGGAAGCAAUACCACAAAGGGCACAUUGUAGUCAUCAGCAGCGUCAUGGGAUUACAUGGUAUGAACAGAAUGGGGGGGCAGUGCUGGAGGAAGCAGAGCACAGACAUCCAGACUGAUGCAUCCGUAAACCCUUGGCUUAGCUCUGUAACACCUGUAGCAAAUAGAGACCUUGUGGGCCCAGGAAUUUCCACAUCAGCAGCAGACCACUCAAAUCUAUCAGCAGGUGUCCCCUUCAAUGAUGUGUAUGCUGCCUCCAAGUUUGCUAUGGAAGGUUUCUGUGAAAGCCUAGCUGUGCAACUCCUCAAAUUCAACAUCUUCAUCUCUCUGGUGGAGCCGGGUCCAGUCAACACAGAAUUUGAGACAAAGCUGAUGGAGGAAGUGACACAGUCUGAGUUUCCAGGAGCUGAUGCUGCCACCGUGCACUACUUCAAGGAGAUCUAUCUAUCAGCCUCACAUGAGAUAUUCACUACCAUGGGCCAGACCCCUGAGUCUGUGGCUAAGAGUUCUCCAUAUGUUCUUAUGUAAUGGAAAGACACCUGCCAAAAAGUCUAUGGAAAAAGAGACAACCUGCUCUUCCGCUUCACAGGCCUUUUUCGCCUCAGCAUGAGUUUCCUCAAAUGCAUCACAUGCAGCUGCUUCCGGCGCAGAGUUACACCUGCUUGACCUAUUGGGGGGUGGGGGUGGCAGUGCAGCCUCAUCUCUUGCCACUGCCUGCUAAUGUUGCUUUGGAUGACAAGAUUCAACUAGACUAGAACAGGAGCUGUUUUGCCGCAGAUCAAUCCACCUCCAUGUUUUAAAGCUACAGGUUUCUGGUGACUUUGCAAAUGAGGGAUGCAUGCUGGGGAGAGAGCAAAAAGCAUGGGUUCUUUGGGCUGUAGACAGCAGGGCUAGGGAGGAAGGCAUGGUUCCUAUUAGGCAAAGUGGCAAAUCCCCAUCCCUGGGUGAGAUCACAGCCUUGCACUUCACAGUAAAGGCAAUCACUUUAGAAAGCAUGGGGAGGUCACAAUACAAAGCUAGUGAGAAAGAAAUGAAAACGUACAUCCCAGUGGUUUCUUUUUUUCAGGCUGUGAAAGAUUAGGGGGACAGAGACCAAGGUGGCACUGUUGGUCUUCAUCAGAAUAUAGGGCUCUUCACAAUGUUCCUAUAGAUAGAACAGUGAGUGGUGAUGAGAUUGAUCUUUCAUGGACUGUAAAAGCUCCUUCAUACAUUUCAGAGAGCAAAUAUAUUUGGCUAACAUAAGAAACAAAUAGCGCAUGCAGUUGAAUCACAGGUCCAUAUACUCUAGGUGGCCACCCAGGAGCUUGUGGAUUAACUGCAAGUGAGACACAUGAGUCCUUGGCCAUUAUGGAAGUUUCUCUCACUUCUCCAUAAAAUAUGAACUGGCCAUUAUAGUAACUGUCAUCUGAACUCCUCUGAAAGCCGGUCAGGAUGUUCUGGGGGACAAUGAUCAGCUCAGACUAAAGGAUAACCCCUAGCAAGUUGUCUCUCAGCUUUGGACAAGCUAUUAUACUAUUAAUAGCUAAUAUGAAAUUGACUAAAUACUGGUUUGUGCCUGAAUCACUCCUAUCAGCCCUGGCUGAGCUUCUGUGAUGUCCUAGAAUGUUCAUGAACAUUCUAGUUGCCAAAGAAGAAGGUCAGAUGAUCAGUGGAGCUGCUGCCAAAUGUUUUCUCCAGUGAAGUCUGAGAUGAAUCCAGAGGCAAAAAUUAGGAGGAAGUCUGAGGGAAACUGAGGGAAUAUCAAUACAUGUAAGUGAAUUUUCUCAGACUCUAAAUAAUGUUGACAGUGCAGUUGCUGUGAGGGAAAUGGAAACCCCAUUUGAUGGUAAAAAAUCCAUGCAGGGUCCUAAGAUCCUGCUUAUGCAGAAUUCUUGCUCCCAUGCAGCUGAAUAGUGGGAAGUUUAGGACAGACAAAAAGGACUUCUUCACACAGUGCAUCGUUAAAAUUAAAGAAUUCACUGCAACAAGAUAUACUGAUGACCACCAACUCAGAUGGUUUUUUAAAGGGUUUAGACAAAUUCAUGGAGGGUAAGGCUAUCAAUGGCCAAUAGCCAUGAUGCUGUGCAUUACUUCCAGCAUCAGAAGCAGUAUACCUCUGCAUACCAGUUGCUGGGGAGCACAAGUGAGGAGAGUGGCUGUUACACUCAGGUGCUGCUUGAGGACUUCCCACAGGCACCUGGUUGGCCUCUGUGAGAACUGGUUGCUGAACUAGAUGGGCCUUUGGUCUGAUCCAGCAGGGCUCUUCUCUUAUGUUUCACCAUCCUUUUCAAUGGUCUCAGGUCCCUGGCAUGUGCCCCACCUUAUCACCCUCCUUAGUUAAUAUUAUGACUUAGAAGUCAUCUGGCAUUUGUAU